GUUGUCGACUGCGGACGAAUUUACGUGUAUUGAAAUAAAAUAUAACAAACCACAACUAGUUUCUUUUCCUAAAAUAGCCCUGCUACCGAUUUAACUUGGUGUCUGAUGAAAAUAGAAGCGUCCAGAGCUAUUUUGGUUCGUCGAUAAGGUGACUCAUAGCUGAAGGAUAUCAUCUACUUUUUAACUUCUUCUCCAGUAUACAGAGCAAAAUGUGGCUUAGAUAGAGGAAGAAGGCAGGGACAUUAAAGAAUCUUUAUAAAUCGGAAGACGGCUCCAUAUGUCGAUUUGAUUUUGAAAAGUGGAUAUUUAUAGACUUCCCAAAGUGCAAAAGUCUUUAAAAGAGUUGUGUAUAGAUCAGGUGACAAAAUAGAGGUGGCGACAGAUUCCGGAAUCAGAGGGGGCGGUAAGGUACCCGGGAAGAUGGGCCGGAAAAAAAUCCAAAUCUCACGAAUCGGGGAUGAGCGAAAUAGACAGGUUACCUUCACAAAAAGGAAAUUUGGCCUGAUGAAGAAAGCCUAUGAGUUGAGUAUCCUGUGUGAUUGUGAGAUUGCUCUCAUCAUAUUCAACAGCGCUAACAAAUUAUUUCAGUACGCCAGUACUGACAUGGACAACGUACUACUGAAGUACACCGAGUACAACGAACCUCAUGAGAGUCGCACAAAUAAAGACAUCAUAGAGGCACUGAACAAGAAGGAACACAAAGGCUGUGAGAGUCCAGACCCUGAUGGGGACUUGUACAGUAAUUCAUUGACCUCAGAGGAGAAGUACAACAACCAGCACACCAACAGGAUGCCAGAGGACUACCAGAGAUAUCCAAGUGUUCAAAGGAACAUGUCACCCUACCCAGGACCUGGGAUGCCUCCUGGCUUGACGUCUGGAAUCCCCCUCCACAACUACAUGAACCAGCCACUGUCAGGGCAUGGGAUGUCCCCCCAACCUCCCUCUCAGGUCAACUCAGGUCAAGGGCUUCUCCAGCCCCCUCCUGUACACCACAGUCCACGGCCAAACUCUACCGGUGGAAUGAUAGAGAUGAGUAGCCCAUCACCUGCCCCCAAUGGGUACCAUCACAGAGCCUCCCCCUGCCCCUCCCCAGGAGCAAUGGUCAACAGACAAUCCAGACAGUCUCCUCCCUCUAGGGGGCCCCCCAUGGGUCGCCCCAUGAUGAACUCACAUGAUGGAAUGAUGAGUCCAGAUGUACAGGGACGUCCCAGUUCCUCACUAUCAAAUCCAGCAGUAUCACUGACGACACCCAGUGUCCCUGGAAACAACUAUCCGUCCCCGCUUCCUACAUCGUAUCACAAUGACUAUAAUGUUAACUCAGCAGACUUAACAGGUCACAUGUCAAAUUACAACCACUCACCCUGGAAUAAUGGUGGGGCUCACCACGGGGGAUCUCUAACCUCAGGAAUCCCUCCUGGAGGUGGGGGAGGGGUGCAGAAUCUUCAUGGAAUGUCAGGACCUGGACACCUCUCUCCAUUAGCUGUAAAUACAAUGAAUCAGAACGUACUGUCAUCUAUCAAAAGUGAGCCAAUCUCCCCACCUCGCGAGUCAACAACCCCUUCCAAUCACCACUCACUUCGACCCCUAUCGUCCACAGGCCCUGGUCAUUUAUCACCAGUUCAGAAUAUAAAUCACACACAUAGUAACAGUUCGUCACCCACAGGAAUAUCACCCCACCCAUUAGAUUACGAUGGACCACAUCUAAAAAGACAGCGGGUGGCGGGGUGGCCCACCUAGUGAAAAGCCUUACGUGUAGUAGCUAGUGAUUGAUUAGUGAAAAGUGUUCUAGCUGUAUUGACAGUUUAUAUAUAAUAAAGAACUUAAUAUAUAUAUGUAUGUUGGGGGGGAUGGACUGUGGACUAGAUAUACACAGGACUAAAUGUUGCAGAAAAAUGUGAUUGUGCCUUCAUUGUUUCCAAACACUCCAUUGUAAAUAAAGCCCUCAUCACCGUUUUUAUCAUCAUCAUCACCAUAAAGGACUGCAAAGCAUUGGGCCUCUAGGACAAGACAACAGGCCGCUGCAUUUAAAACAAGCACAGACAUUUUUUAUCUGGUCAUUUCAUGCUAUUGUGCAGCUUCAUUUCUAUUCCCUUGUGCCAGAAUUUAAAGUGAACUUGCUUGCAAACCAUUACAACACACCUUUUUUGUGACCAUUGUACUACAUCGUUUUUUUUUUUUUUUUUUGUAAGAUUGUCAAUAUUAUUCCCCACACUUAAGAAAAUUUUUGCCAUAUCUGUAAGUUAUGUUAUUUGUAUAUGUAUAUUUCUUCUAAAAAGUAAGGAAUUGUCAUCUUAAAGCCACUUUUUUCUGAAUUUUUUUCCUUGAAAACUCUAGUAUGGGAUACAGUUUCUAGGAAGUUGCACUUUACGAUGGAUGACUAGGAAUUUUGAAAUCUAUGAUUUCACUUGUCAGGAUGUAAAUUAUUGAUGUAAACAAUUCCUACUUAUACUGAUAUAUAAAUAUAUAUUUAGAUUUGAAGUAACUGUCCUACAAGCUGGUCUUGUGCUCUUGUAAAUUAUGUAUGAUACUAAAUGUUUUGUUAUGACAGCUGGGCUAAGUUAAAUUUUGUAGGGAAAAAAAGGAGAAAAAUACAGUCAAACCGUAUUAUCUCAAAAUCUUGAAAAUAAGGUUAAUAAUGUGGUUCAUUACAUUAAAAAAAAUCGAAUAUUUUUAUCUCCGUUAACAUAUCCAUGAUGUUCUAAAUAUCAAUGUUUAAUAUACCAAAGUUCAACUGUAAUGUAUCGAUCAACAUAAAACUCUUCUAUUUUGUGGUCCCUGGUUUGACCUUGAACAGGUGUGACCUUGACCUGAAGCACAUCGCUGAAAUAUUUUCUAGCAUGCGACAAUAGAUGUCAUGAAGUGGCCUUUUUUGUAGAACUUUAUGUAUAAAAGUUUCACUUUGCAAAUUAAAACCGGUGGUUUUUCUUCUCCUGUCACCCUAAAUAUGAUUUUCAUCCAUAAAUAAAACAAAGAUCUGUUCUCUGAGACACACCUGUUUUUAUUAUUUUUGCCUUAUAUUUCUGAUUUUACCAAACCCUACAGUUGUACAAAUUAGCCUGCCUUUAUCGAUGAAAGUGCUGAGUGAAGAAAUUCAGUUGACAAAAAAAAAAAAAUCAAAAUAUUUGUUUCGUUAUGUUUAUUAAAUAUGUGUAUUUCUAUUUGUAACAAUAUUUUUCUUUAUAUAAAGUAUGGACUUUUUCAGCAGCAUGAAUGGCAUUUUAUAACACCAAAUUUUAUACUUUAACAUAACAUAUGGCAUGAGGAGUUUUUUUUAAAACCACGAGAAAACAUUUUUAAUGAAGUCUUACUUUCAUCAACAUAUAGGGAAGUUUAUCAAAUGUAUACCCUAAUAUUUUGUCACAUAUUUUGAAAAUUUUAUACACAAAAUUACACCACUGUGCACAAUAAAUAAUGAAUUACUAUAGAAUUGCAGGUGUUUAUUUACAUGUCAGAUAUUGUAAAUUCUAUUUACAUGAGAGCAGACAUUUACUUCUUUGAUAUGACCAUAAAGAUUUCCAGAAUAUGUAAUGGAAUUGUUUACAGAUACAGAAAGUAUUUAACCUAUGUGUCUGACAGUAUUUUUGUCGUUUACUUUUUCUAGUCUCUUUUGUAACAUUAGUGCUAAUGGUACUUACCAAAACAAGAAAAAAACUUACAAGAACUUGUAUUGUUGAAUUUUGUUUUUUGACCCAUAGUGAUCUCUAGCUGAUCAGUGUCUUGUGUUUGUGCUAUUUGAAAUCAAAUAUGAGCCUAUAAUUAAAACAUUCUAGAGAUCUCUUACCAAUUUGUUUGAUAAAUGAUAUUGUUAUGGCUUUAUUAUGCAUAUUUCUGGUCAAUAAAAUUGUUGUAACAGAAA